AUGGGACAUCGACACAGGAAGGACUUAGCUGCAAGUCGAAGACGGGUUGAGGAUGGAGGCGACGAGGAAAGUGUUCUCGAUGCUGCGUCUCUCAGUGAUGACUCGUUGAGUGAGGGGUCUAUAAUAAGUGAAGAGGAUGAGAUACGAGAGGGGGACGAGGUAGCCAGUGUCAAGGGUCCUUCUGCGAGCUCUGCGGAGCAGCUCAAAACUAAUGGGAAUGGAGGGGGGAAGCCGAAGGAGGAAAAGCCAGCCUCGACGAACGGAAAUGCUACGGGGUCGAACAAACAACGGAAAAGUGAAAACAACGAUAUGGACCUAAUGCUAAAUGGGUUAAAAAUAUCAGAUCAGACUAAUAUUCCGGAUGAGAUUCGCUACGAGGAUCUAAGAGAUGACUCUGAUGUUCGGGACCAAGAGCCAUCGUUGCCGGUUGUCAAGUCCACGGCCCAGAUGGACCAGCCACAGGAGCAGCCGUACGAGCGUCGCCGACGGGAACACGAGGAAUAUAAGAAAAAGAGAGACGCUGAUCCAGCAUUCGUUCCAAAUAGAGGGGCCUUUUUCAUGCACGAUCAUCGUCACUCUGGCCCUGCUGCAAAUGGAUUUAGGCCUUUUGGGAGAGGGAGAGGGAGAGGUAGGCCUGGUAUUGGAGGCCCAUAUGCACCCUCAAGCCAAAUGCAGCAAUCAUACGAGCCAACCGAUGCUCCUUGGGCCCAUGAUAUGCACGAUACCAUAACUGAACCUCUUCCUCGCCAGGCCCCGUCAGCAGGCUAUCCUGCUUCUAAUAACUAUCCCAUGAAGGUACCCAUUAGCGUGCCCUCUACUGCAGCUCCAAACAGAGCAUUAUCGACAACAAAACAUAUUGGAAAUGUUCAGAUUAGGGUGUUACUUGCAAAUAUGCAAGAGCCGAUUGUUUUCCCCGGUAUACCCGUCAAGCAGUAUACUCGACUUCCAGAUCAUCGACCGCCUAUGCGACGCGAUAAGCCGGUUCGAAUCUCGAUUCCGGAUUACCCACCGCGAUACAUAUUCCCAGCCGUGGACCGAUCUUUCAUCUUCAUUCCACGAGCUAUGAGACCAAAUCAGCAAGGAUUUGGUGGUCGAGGCCGAGGUCCAAGAUCAGCAUUUGGGUCAAUAGGUGGUUAUUCUCGACGUACAAGCGUUUUCGGCGGCAGCGUCUACGGUAGCACAUAUACUCCAAGUGUGGCUAUGAGCCGUCGUUCUUCACUUGCUCGGGAAGUGAACAGGGAUGCUAUAAUCUCCCCGAACGGAUCGACAAUGUCUCGAGCACAAAUCCCAAUAGACCCGUCGAGACCUGUAGUCAAGCUCCCUCCUACGAGUCAAUCUGCCCAACCACAACAAUAUUCAUCUCAAGAGAUAAGUGCUCAGAAUGGGGUCCCACAACCUGUUGCGGGUGAGGAACCUCCUCGUCCACAGACCUAUCCGCUUCCUCAAAAGCCUACCUAUCGUGAAAAUCGACCAAACCCAAUCCCUAUGCACCAACCUCGUCCACAGAAAGCUGUAUCAGUCGCUGAUAUUGAGUCUCCUGCAACUUUAUCAUUCAACCCACCCCAACAACAUCAACAGCCAUUCCACCAACAAGUUCCCAUACAAGUCAAUGGCAACAACUACCCACAUGAUGGCAUGAUGCAUUCCCGGAAUCAGUCAUAUCCAAGUCAAGCUUCCACAGGCACGCCAUUGUCUCAAAUACCUGAGCGAGCUAUUCAUGCUCAACCAUUCCAACCAAACCCGUACCAACAACCACAACCGCAACAACCAAACUUCUACCCCCAACCAUAUCCCGUUAUGGCCCCACCUCCUCCACCGCAAGGGUAUUACUAUCCGCAGCAGUUCAACCCAGCUAUGGCCCCAGCUGCUAAUGCGGCUCCUUAUCCUCCAGCUCAGCAACCCGCGCCGCAACAGCCAUUUCCCCAAUCUGGCCAACAAACAGACAGUUCCCAAGCUGGUGUACAAAAUCUUGUUGCACAGGAGGUUAAUGGUAUGGUGUAUUACUAUGAUGCUGCACAAAUACCUGCCGUCGCAACCUUUCCUGCAUACCAGCAACCAGCCGCAUACCCAAUGCAGCAGGUCGGUGGUGUCGUUGGUAUGGGUGGGAUGAUGACACCAAGCCCAGAUGGGUUCUACUACCCUCAACAACCUCAGCAAGGCGUCGUCUACUACCAAUAG